AUGCCUCUGCUGUACGUGCGGGCUGUAGUCCCCUUCGAGGCCGGGGCAAAUGCCACCGAUGUGCUCAUCAACGAGGUCCAUUUCAAUCGAACCGCUUUGAAUUACUAUCACUACACGCUUUUCAGCAAUGGGACUCUUUCUAAUGGUACGGACUGCUAUCUCGCCUUUAAUCAAUUCCAACCACACAUGAACGAGAAUGGGACUUUCGUGAACGGGACCUCCUGCUAUGCACCCAUUCGGGAUAUGGGUCGACAUGCGUCGGCUGGCCUGGCCUUUGCCUUCAUGUUUGUCUUCGCCAUUGUCUUCACCUUGAUCAACAUGCGCAAGCAUAGCCGGCGGUACCUGCCUGCUGAUCGCCGGUGGACACUCCUGGGCCGUCGGGCGAAAUGGAUCUGGAUGCUUUUCAUUGCCGCCUGCGGCACCAUUAGCUGCUUCAUGAGCAUCGACGUGGAUCGGGGGUACAUCGUGAGCGUCCCGUUGAUUCUGCAGAGUGUGUUCUACACGCUGUUGACGCCGGGGAUGAUGGCCGCGGUAUGGGAGGCGGUGCGGCACUGGGGCUCCUGGCAAGAGCGUCAGAUCUACGAUCGGGAUCCGUACGCAUUCCAAGUAUCCAGCAGCCGGCAAGGGCAGGAGUUUGUGCUCCCGCUCGUCUUUUACGGAUGCGCUUUGGCCAAUUUUGUCUUGACCGUUCCGCGCUCCUGGACUGCCAUUGAGAUGCAACGCAGUCUCGACCAACAGCUCAAUGAAGCCAAGCCAGUGGCUACAGAUGUACGAUGGCGUGCUGCUGGGUUUGUCGCAAUAGCUGGCGUCUUAGUGAUCUGCUACAGCCUGGAGCAUAGCAUCUACCGCUACCGGGCGCGACCGACCAGUACCAUAGGUCAGCUCUUAUUCUACCUGAAUGCGGCUCCAUCGCAAUUCCUUAUAGGUAUUGUGUUGCUUGGCAUAAAGAUCGGCUACGCUAUUGCUUCUGCCUUCGACUGGACGAUAUCCCCCUUAAGAUACGGGGUCGAUUCUGGAUGGUUUUACGGGCUGGGAUACACACCGGUGCUGCUCUUGCUCAUUCUGUUCAACAUCUGUGGAUUCUGUGAGCUGAAUGAGGAUAAAGCCUUGAUCGUGCAGCGAGACGAAUUCGACCAUGCAGUUGCCGAUGCUGUGGGUGUCGGGCAGAGGAAGCCCAGCUGGUGGAAGAAGAGCCGUACCUUCGUUCGAGAGCUUAGUGACCAUCACCGACGCCAGGGCUCGCAGCAAGACGAUCGUGAUAUGGGUCGGUUUGUGGAGAUGGGGAUCAUCAAGCCACGAGAGCAACCGCAGGAUGACGAACCCAAGCCAGAGACAUGGGUGACGACGCGGACUGCCAGUCAGGGUAGUGAGUCGACUACGGUGGCGCAUACGGAGAGCAAUCCGGAGAGCAGCCCACCGUAUGUCGAGUAUACAUUGCAGCAAGAAUUGUCUCGGGAUUCUUCUAAUGAGACAGAUACCACAAUUCGCGUCUGGAUAACCCAAAGACAAAGAAGCGAGCAGCGCAAAUACGCCGCCGGGCCUUCCCUGCCACCCACCAGCGAAGAUGACUCCAGCAAACGCCGCAAAGUGAUCGGUCCAGCUCCCCCUCCUCCCUCCGCCAGCGCAGACGCCAAUACCUCCGACAACAACUCCUCCGAUGACGACUCGGACGAUGACUUCGGACCCAGCCUCCCUCCGCCAGAAGGCACCGUCUCUUCUAUUCCCGACAGCGGCGCAACACAGCCCGCCCGCUCCGAAACUACUCCAGAAGCACCAAAAGCACCUCAGCGCGAUGCCUGGAUGCUAGAACCCAUCGACGGCUCGAACCGCAACUCCCGCGUCGACCCCACGAAACUCCGCAAUCGGAAAUUCCAAACCGGGCGGGGAGCCAAUACUACGCCCAGCGCGGGCGGGCUGGAUGUUUCCUGGACCGAGACGCCAGAGCAGAAGAUGAAGCGCUUGCAGGAUGAGGUGCUGGGUGUACAGACACGGCCUACUGCUCCUGAUGCGGGGGAUUCGGCGGGAGGAGCGCGCGGCGCACAGCCAUCGCGGGCCAUGCAGGAGAAGAUCCAUCGGUAUAAUGAGGAAAAGAGAAAGGAGGAGGCAAAGGCGAGGGAUGCGGAAAGGAAGAAGAAGAAGGAUGGAGAAGAGGAGGAGGAUGAUCCUAGUGCUCGGGCGUUUGAUAAGGAGAAGGAUAUGUCGCUGUCAUCGAAGAUAACGCAUGCGCAGAGACGGGAGAUGAUGAAUAAGGCGGCGGACUUUGGGUCGAGAUUUACGAGUGUCGGUGAUGACUGGCGGCCGGAUGCUGCGCAGCUCCUUUAUGCCAAUGGUCGUUUCGGACAGACCCACCGCCCUGAACAGCCAACCAUCACCUGCUGUUCGAUAUCAAGGCUCAUGGUGCCGCGCAAAGGACCGGUGAUGCCAUCCCAGUUGGUAGCCGCGGCGCGGUGA